AUGGCUCGCGCACGUGCGAUUGAGACGCGCCUGGAGAAGUUGCUCCCCUCCCUUGAGGAGUACUUCACAAGCGGGUUCCUUACACGCGAGGAGACGCAGGAGGUUGCGCGGCAGCGGACGCACUGGGAGUACCGCCUUGUCGCAAAGCCACUGCUUCUCUUGGACGUGCAGGGUGCCGUGGCGUACGAGCUGGCGCUGGAGAAGCGGAUACAGGAGUACUGCAGAACAACGAAGCUGGUGCUGAAGCAUCGCUGGGCCGUGCUGGAGCGCAUUGAGGCCAUCUACCGCAUUGGCCUCAAACACCUCAAAGAUCGGGAGGAGUCGGAGCUGCUGCGCAACGAGUUUGUUCAAUUCCUAAAGACGCACCAUCGCCACUCCAGCCUUUCCGCGCUCUACGGCGAGCUCAUGGUGCGCUACCCGACCCGCAGCCCCCUUUGGGUGGAGGCGGCCCUCUACGAAGGAGUCGAGAUGGGCAACACAGACAACGGGCGUGCCAUUCUGCAGCAGGCCGUCCUCACCGCCGGCGCGCAGCCGGAGGUGUGGAACGCCGCCCUCCUCCUGGAGCUCUAUUUUGCUGACCGCCUGCUGCGGAAGCUGCUGGAGGCUGCCGCGGAAGAGGCGCCACAGGCCCCCAAGAAAGACAUUGUGGAGGAGCUGCGGGCCGAGAACGCGGCGCUGGCCGACGUGGUCGUGGACCUCGCCUUGGCGAGAGCAGUUGUGGAGGAGGCCCUUGCGAGCCCGGCGUGUGGCCCGAAGUUAGUGCGGCUGCUCCUCGAGAGCGCCGUGCGGUUUAGUUUUACAAAGUCGCUGCUGGAGGAGCUGAUGGCGGCCGCCGCGGCAAAAAUGGUGUCCGCGCUAACGUCCGACGCCGCGUCCACCAGCAAUGCGUCGCGCCAGUGGAGCGAGGCAGGGCUUUCCCGCUUCGUGCUGGACUUCUUGAGGCUCGAUGUGCUCAUGCUUGACCACGGGGUAACGGGGGAUGCCGCGUCAUUUUUGCGCGCCGGGGGCCGGAGCCGGCCCACCACGCCAAAAAAACGCACGGCGGCACUCGUGAAGGCGUUCGCCGCGGCUUUGACUCUCGCGCAAACCGAGCGUCUGUCCUCAUUUUUGGCGCUGGGACGACUGCGGGAGACGGCGGUCGCCGAGCUGGAGCCGCUGCUGGAGGCUUUGCAGGAGUCAACCUCAAAGAGCGGUGUCUCCGCCGUGUGCCGCCGGCUUCUUUCUGGCCAGCGCCUCGCCGCAGCAGAGGCGGUGCGGUGCCUGGGUGGGCCAAUGGACGCGGCUCUGCUGCAGCGGCUGGCGACUGCUGCCGCUGAGCGGGUGCAGGCGGUGGUGCAGACGCUUGAAGAGGCCCCCGUGAGGGUUAAAAAGGCCAAGCACGAGGAGGCGAGCGCAAGGACGACAAUGUGGCGGCUGUGGCGUUUCCUGUUGCCGACUGACCGAACUGCGGUGGAGGCUGCUGUCCCGCGGGCCACGAAGCGGUUCGCCACUGAGGACGACGUUGCUCGCUUGGUUCUUUCCCAGGGCAGCGUGACGGAUGAGGCCGCGGUGGAGCACGCCCUGACGCUGUUUCUGCGGGAGUUUCACCUCAUUGGGGACGACGAUGGGAUUGAGGGCCUCCAUCAACUGCGGUUCAAGAAGCCAACGACCCCCGUCGCUCUGUGGAGGCUGUUCCACCUUCUGGAGCUGCGCUGCAAACCGAAAGGGACGCCCGCUCGCAGACCCCCGUCCGUGAGCCGCGACAGCGACAGUGAGAGCGACAGCGAGAGCGAUGAAUGGGGGAGGGAGCAGCAGGGAAGGGCGACCGUGAGCGAUGAAAGUUACGCGUCGGCAGGCCUAAAGUUUCUCGCCAGUGUGCCGCAGGGCUUGCUGGAUGGCCGGGCGGAGGAGGAGCGGCUUGAGGGCUGUUGGGGCCUGAUCUCUGCUCGCGUGCAGACCUUGACCGGGAUGUGUGGCAGCACGACCCGCGCCGACUUCAUCGGCUGUCUGCAGCGCAGCAGCAGCGACGCCUGGGUGGAGGACGUGCGCUCGCUGCUUCGCGUGGCUCGCCUGUGCGAGCCGAUUCCGCGUCAGGCGCACGCCGAGAUCGCCAUUCCGUUUCUCGAGGCCGUGGCGCUGGAGCGAGGCGGGACUGGCAGCGACGCCGCGCAGGAGGCGAGAGAGGCCCACGAGCGUCUGUUAGGGAUGUACGCGCUGUCGAAGCACCCGAGCAGUUUCCCGCCGCUCGUGCGGCGGGUGCCGUGGCGGGCGGGGGCGAGCGCCAGGCUUGAGCCGGCGGAGCUUAACGCCGCUGACUGGGCGCGACUUGUGGCCUUCGAGCGCGACGUGGCGAAGGAUUUGCGACGCGCGAAGGAGGCGGCGGCGCGGGCGCGGCGGUUGUCACUGGCGCCACAGCGGCUCUUGUCGCUCCUCAACGCCUACUAA